AUGAAGCUAGCUCUAUGCGGCAAGGAAGGGCCGAAGACAGGGUUCUUCCACGAUGAGAAGGGCUUUGGAUUCAUUAAGCAAGACGAUGGCGGCAACGACCUUUUCGUCCACCGCAACGAUGUCAUCGACACCCUGUUGAACGAGGGCGAUCACGUGCAGUACAGCGAGGCGGUUGAUAACAGAAGUGGCCGAAUGAAGGCCCACCAAGUUACAGGAGGAUCCGGUGCACCAAAGCCACCCCAAGAGAAGGGUGCAGGAAAGGGAGGCAAGGGCAAGAAAGGAGGCAAAAGAUCCCCUCCCAACGAGCCCAGCCUCCCGAACCCUAUGCCAACCUUGCCGGAUGUCCCGACCCAAGAAACCAGCCUUUCCCAGAAGAUGGGCCAGCUCGGCUCUCUGACGGAUGCUGCAGCGAUGUUCGGAUGCAGCAACCCAGCCAUGCUGAUGGGCAAGGGAGGCUUCCCAAGCGCAUGCUGUGGGUGCAACCCAUGCGGUGGGUGCGGUGACACCCAGAACAAGAUGGGCUGCUGUGGAGGCUGUGGUUGCGGCGGUCUCUGUGGUGGCUGCGGCUGUGGAGGUUGCGGAGGCGGUGGCUGCGGGGGAGGUUGCGGCGGGUGUGGUAGUGCCUGUGGGGGAUGCGGAGGUUGCGGGCAAUGCAUGGGAGGCUGCGGAGGCAAUUGCGGCAACCUGUCGAUGAGCGGCAACAGCUGCAAUGCGGGAGGCUGUGGGUGCGGGUGCAGCAGCGGUAAUGCGUGCAACACGCCCUGCAACCCUGGGAGC